AUGCUUCGUCUUCUUACCUGUGCCGCCUUCUGCGGUUGUACCCGAGAAUAUCAAUACAGUGCAAGUGGCACUUCGGUAGGAGCAUCACUACUAAGACCGGACGAUGCUGGGCAGUCGGUAUGCUUCAACAAUUGUUCAGGGCGUGGGCGGUGUAUCGACUACACCUGCGAGUGCGACGCUGGCUACGACGGCGAUGAUUGCAGUUUUUGUUAUCUUGAUGGCGGUGACACCGUCCUGCCGAUUCUUAGCGUUGGCGAUGUCAAUCUGACGUCUUCGAAUUUCCGCGAGACACUGCACAAUGCGGGGCGUCUUCUUGUGGUUGCGACAUCACCGUCGUGCCAUCGCUGCAUUCAUCUCGAGACGGAGUACCAGUCCGCGAGCGUUGAGUUAAAGGAGAAAGGGGUGAUUAUUGGGCGAAUUGAUGCUGACGCCGAGCGUGCCCUCCUUGGUCGUAUCUUGGGAGGAGUUGAAGCAGCUGCACAGCAUCUCCCUGCCAUCCUUUUAUGGACGGAAACACGCAAGUCCAGGAAGGCUUUGCUGUACGACGGCGCGCACGAGCGGCAUUCUAUUGUUGAAUAUGUCCGCAAGCAACUGGAACCGCCCGCAAAAAGGCUUACAACCAUCACGGCCGUGGAAAACUUUAUAAAAGACCCUCAGUUUGGGGCCUUGGGUACGGCUCCCUCGGAAGCAGUGACGGUUGUGGGGUUCUUCUCGGGUGCCGGUGAAAUGGAGGAAGAUGAAUUGGAGGACUUCAUGGAAGCAGCAACCGACUUGAAGCCCAGGCCAGGACUGUCGCGGGCCCCAAGCCUGACCUUAUGGGCGAUCUUGGAGGACAAUCUUUCAUUUCAAGAUUGGGUGGUCAGGGAGAGCCUUCCUUUGGUGGGUCGCUUGUCGAACGCUAACUUCGCGCAGUACGAGCGGACGCAUCUGCCGAUGCUUAUCAUGUUUCUCGAACUUCCUGACUCUUUCGCUGCCGGGUCUGCUCAUGGGUCUCGGAUUGGUGGAAAAUCCGGCGGGGUGCGGAAUGACGAACUCGUGAAAGAGCUCAAGGAAGUCGCACUCGAGCACAAAGGAAGCAUCACUUGUCUGUACGCCGAUGGAGUAGCUCUCGCCGACAGCAUGAAGACGCUGGGUCUAUUUGGCAGCCGAGAGCGCCUCCCGCAAGUGGGUUUCAACACCAUGGACGGCAGGCAGCUUCCUUUCCCCGAGGACCUCCCCAUCAACCGCGAGACGCUGCUCCACUUCGCGGCCGCGUUCUUGAGCGGCCGACUGCAGUCGGCUCUCGACGCAAGAAAGGCCAUGGUUGUGUCUCGGCCGUUCAGCGCGCACAACACCGUGCGCCGAAAGGACAGGCGUGAAACGCCGACCGAGGUUCGAGGGGUUUCGGAACAACUGAAGCCGAAGGAUGCGAUAACGCAGGUUACAAGGGAAAGUUUCGCUCGGACGGUACUCGACAACGACAAGGAUGUCUUGCUCAUGUUUCACGCGGAGCGCGUGGGCGAACGAUUUCUGGACCUGGACAUACCUUCGGUCCUCAUAGCGGCGAUGGACGUGACUCUCGAAACGCCGCCCCCGGAAGUAGCCAUGACGUUGCCGACCCUUCCGGCUAUCGUUCUUCUCCCGGGCGACGACAAGGAGGCACCUUUCAGGUUCUUCUCUGGCGUGGGCAAGGUAGGGCCGCUAAUGAGGUGGCUGCAGGAGCACUCGUCAACUCCGUUCGAGCUGCCGGCGCUCCCGCAUCUCUCCGAAGAAGACAAGCCGCUCUUUCGCAAGCAAGUGAGGGAACGGCAAGAGCUGCUGAACGCAAGGGCUUCCCAGGAGUCGUGA